AUGAAUAGAAUAAAAGGAAGAAAAUUUAGUAAAAUUCCUGAAUAUCCAUUAAAAAAAGAAACGAAAGAUACAAAAAUUAAAAAAAGCUAUAAUAAAAAUUCACUUUCUAACUCAAAUAAAAAUAAAAAUGGUUUAAAUAUAGAAGAAGAUAGCAUAAUUAACAAAAUAAAAGAAUUAAAUUUAAUAUUACUUGAAAAUAAAGAUGAAAUAAACACUCUUAAACAGGAAAAUGAAUCAUUUUCAUCACAAAUCAUUAACUUUAUUAAAAAAUGUAAAGAGCUACAAAAUAUAGGGGUAGAGAAGGAGGAAGAGAUUAUAAAAUUAAAACAAUCUGAAAAAAAAAUAUUAAUAGAAUUAAAUAAAUUUAAAAAAGAAAAAGAAGAAUUAGAAGAAAAAAUUAAAAAUUUAAUAAGUUUAGAUAAGCAUAAAAAGACUGAUAUAUCUAACUUGGAAGAACAAAUUAAUACUUUAAAAAAAAAAAUGGACGAUAAAGAUAGAGAAAUAAAUAUUCUUAAUGAAAAUACUAAAAACUUAAAUCAUAAAUUAAUAAUUCUUCAAAAUGAAAAUACAAAAAAUAAACAAGAUUUAUGUAGUAAUUUAAAAAGACAAAAUGAAAUAAAUGAAAACAUUAGUACAAAAGAAAGUAGAAUAAAUACUCUUGAAGAAAAAAUUCAAAAAUAUAAUCAAGUUAUUAAAGAAAAAAUUGAAGAAAUUGAAAAUUACAAAAAAAAAAUACAACAACAAAAUAACAAAAUAAUAUAUCUUAAUGAAAAAAUUCAAAACUUAGAAAAUGAGCAAAAAAAUGAUAAAGAAAAAAUUAAAAAACAUAUGGAACAUAUUAAAAUUUUAAAAAAAAAAAAUAAUAAAAGGGAGGAAAAAAAUGAAGAAUAUAAAAUGAAAGAAAAAAAAAAAGAACAAGAAGAUACUAUUUUUAAUUCACAAUUUUAUAAUUUAAACAAAAAAAAAAAUAAAAAUAAAAAUCUAGAAUCUAAUUUUAUAUUAUCAACUAAUGGUUUUAGUAAAAUUAAAAGUAUUAAUAAAAGUAGCAAAAGCAGCAGUAAAGGUAGCAGUAGUAGUAGCAGUAGUGAUAAUGAUGAAGCAAUUGUUAGCUUUACUAGUAAGUAUAAUUUAAGUAAAAAAGCAAACAAAGAUAAUAGUUCAAAAAUAAAUAAAAAUAAAUAA